AUGGAGUCUGCUUCCCUUCACCUCAGUCAGCUGAAGGUUCCAGCAAAAGUUCCCCCGAACAAGCGGUUGGCCAGCUCCUCAAAGAUGGCCUCUGCGCAUCCAGGCUCUGGCAGCAAGGAUGUGGUAAAGGGGCCUGAUCAACUGGAGACUACUAGAGCCAUACAGCGCGAAGCAUUGAAGCUGGCUAUGCAUAAGCAGACCCUUCUAAGGCAGAUAGAUCUAGCAGAGAGCAUACUACAAUCCGUAGACGUUUUACAGAUCAAAAUUGAAGGUCUCGGGAAACACGUGCUUCAGGAAGACGAGCUUUUUUCGGAUUUGGAGACAUUAAAGUCUGAGGCAAGUAUACAGAAGGAGUCCGCGAGCAUAGAGGAGCAAGUACUGAACGUACUGGAACGGCGGGUUAGCGAAUAUGAGACCUUAGUCCUGAAGCUGGGUGAUCGCUCCAACCGUCUGGUGUCUCUCUAUUACGAGGCUAAAGACCUUAUCACACAAUUGAGUGAUAGCAAUACUAAUCUCAUAAAAAGGCACAUUGCUGAAAGCACGCAGGGCCCCGAAUCGGGAAUGGAGCAUUGUAAGUUGGGAGACAAGCGGCCACGUCCUGAUGGUAGACGGGCGAUAAAGAGAUCCAUUAAACAGUAA